AUGGACAGCAGCUCAUGGCUACGACUACGCGUCCGCCUGUGCGCGGCCCUACCGCUCCAAGCGCGCUAGAACCGCGCCCGACGUUCCCUGCGACCUGAGCAAACAGAACUUCUGCACCACACCGGGCGAUAGCUACCCUUGGCAUGCGAUACGAAGAUUUAUCCGCGAAAACCAGGGUCUUAUGAGGAGAAUGUAUGGAGAAGAACUACAUAUUGCAGUGCUUAAAGCAGAAUUAGAAAACUUCAUUGUCGAUGACGAUAAAGGCAAUGAUUUCGCUGAGGAUCUCAUUAAAACAAAAAUGUUUUAUACAAAGAAAAAUCACGGCCGUGCCAUGAAAGACAAACCACAUUUUAGACCGAUACAAGCAAAUGAUAAACAAAAGAAAGUUGAAAACGAUACCUUAAAAGUUAAGCCUUUGGAUAAUUUUAACAGCACUAGCAAAAGUAAAGAAAACAACACAGACAACAAUGAAACAACGAAAGAUGAUAAGGGCAUAUCGUACAAAACUAAACUUGAAAGUAUAGCAAACAUUGAAAUAAACAAUUUAGAUCCAGACGUAAUUACCUUAGACGCUGUAAUUAAACAGAGUAUUGAGACGAACAGUAUAUAUACAAAUUUUUCUGGUACAUCUAAAACUGAAUUAUAUACAUCUGAAAACAAAAACAAUACAGAACGAAAUACCGCGGCAACAACAACAGAAUUUACAGUCAACACAACAGAAUCUAAUGAUGAUCAAUACGACGAUUUGACAACAGAAGCGGGCAAAGAUGCUUGGAAGAAUUCCGCUGAUACUUCUACGCUACCGCCAACAUUAUUAUUCUCAGAGCUUGAAAAAGUUGACCGAAUAGAUAUUAAAGAUAAUGAUAAAAAGGAAGAAUUUCAUUCCAAACCCGCGCAACAUCAAGACACAAUGCGUCCUUCUGUUAUCAAGCUACGAGGAGCAAACGCGUGCGAAACCAAAGAAGAGAUGGCGGCACCUUUCUGGGCGAACAAUACGCGUGGAGAGAUGCUGGCACUCCUCAAUAUGUACCCCUUCGAGCAAUACAUACACCUGGAGACCUGCGUACACAAACACAAGCAAAUGUACUGCAGGGAAGGAUGCAGAUGUGAACAGCAGUUCCGCCUGCACCGCUUGUUGGCCUAUGAUCCGCGAAAUGAAUGUCGCGGCAUCUUUGCCGAUUGGUUCAAGUUCCCUGCCUGCUGCGUCUGCAAGUGCUACGAUGUUCCUCUCGAAUUCCGAGCUCGCUCCCCAAGGAUACUGCACCCCCAAUACGAUGAAGACGUCAAGAGACUUAUAUAUGAGGACGUGGCAAGGGAUUGGUACACCAUGUCUUACGAUGACCCAGAUGAAGUGUAUUAA